AGUAACCAGAUUACAAUUCUGUUACAAAACACGCACUUAAAAAUUACAACAAAAAUGGUACUUCCAAGACCACUUCAGAAAUUAUUUGAGUGAGUGUAUUCAUCUUUUUACCCAUAUUUUGUUUGAUAAAAAUAAGGUGUGUGCGAUAAGACUAAGAAUAAUUCAUAUUUAGAUUAGAGAGAUAUUUUCUUUAAUUGAGUAAUGAUAUAUAAAAUACAUAAUUGAAUAAAAUUCAAACCAGGAUACCAUUAAAUAGUGAAUACCUCUUAUACAAAUUCGUCUUAUAUGUAAAUAAUACCGAACAUUUAUAUCAAAAUCAGCUGAACAUUCAUCUUGCUGACACUAAAAUAUAAUAUUGAAAUUAUUGGCUCUAAACAGGUUUGUUUUUAUGUUUUUACUCCUUGAAAGAUAUAAAUUUUAUUUUUUAACAUUUCAAGUUCAUAAUAAAUUUAAGUUUUUAACGCCUAAAAUACUCCUUUGGCGGUUCCACCUAGCGACUACGAUCGUUCUGGUAGUCAUGAUCAUAGAUAAAAGAUAUACAGGUCAUACUGGUCAUGACCAGGAUGUGGUUCAUCUAUAGUCAUAGCUAACUUCACCACGACUCAUGCCAAGAGGUGGAUUGGUCUUAGUAUACGGUGAGAGUGUAAGCGGAAUUUUCAAGCCCCAAAACAACAAAUAUGGCAACCGUGAAAAUUUCAUUAUUUCUUUCUGCAAUUUGACCAGUGCUAUUUAACCUUUUGCUCUCUUUUUUUCUGUCUCCUCAUUUGAUAUUAAUUACUUCAUCAUUUAAAAUGCUUCAUAAUCCAUUUGAUUUAGGUUUAUGAUUGUAACGCUUGGGGCUAAGUCGAAUGGAAAAGACCGUGGUUAUGAGCAUAGUCGUGAGUGACUAGUGGAACGCACUGUACAUGCCUUAGCCGUGAAUAUGCACCAGUCAGCUGAUUGUGCUUAGUCUAUCAUUGCUUGUUAUAAUAAUAAUAGUUUAAUCACUCUUGAUUUGUGUACUAUUGUAUUUGCGUUCAAUUUUUAAAUUAAUCUGACAGAUAUAAUAUUCGUAAGUUUAUAUAAGCACACGCCUUCAAAUAAUAAUCUGCAUUUCACAAUUUAUUUGUGUAUAAUAGUUUAUUUUAGUUAAAAAUUAAAUUCGAUAGUCUAAGCUACUAAAACGACAGUGAUUGGGCAGAUAAAAAACUAGUAUUUAAUUUUAUGUAUGAAAAAAUGGACCUUCCUCAACCAUUAACGAAAUUAUUUAAAUAUAUUGAAGAGCAUAGAGAUGAGUACAUAGAAAAUUUGAGACAAGCUGUUGCUAUCCAGUCAGUAUCAGCAUGGCCUCACAAACGGGGAGAAAUAAAGAAGCAGCUUGAAUGGGCAGCUAAAAAAUUAAUUAAUUUAGGAGCAUCAGCUGAACUGCGUGAUAUAGGUAUGCAAACAUUGCCUGAUGGCACAACUUUACCUCUACCACCAGUUCUUCUUGGAUCCUUGGGUAAUGAUCCCAAGAAGAAGACUGUCCUAGUUUAUGGGCACUUAGAUGUGCAACCAGCACAUAAAAGUGAUGGCUGGGAUACUGAACCAUUUGAAUUAACAGAAAAGAAUGGUAGAUUGUAUGGGAGAGGUGCUUCUGAUGAUAAAGGGCCAGUUCUAUGUUGGCUCCAUGCAGUUGAAGCAUAUCAGGCGAUAAAUGAAAAAAUACCUGUGAAUCUAAAAUUUGUAUUCGAAGGUAUGGAAGAAAGUGGUAGUGUUGGUUUACCAGCAUUACUAGAAUCUGAACAAAACCAUUUCUUAGCUGGAAUAGACUACUGUUGCAUAUCAGAUAAUUAUUGGUUAGGAAAAACAAAACCUUGCAUUACAUAUGGACUACGAGGAAAUUGUUAUUUUUAUCUGCAAGUUGAAUGUGCUUCUAAGGAUUUGCACAGUGGUGUUUACGGAGGAACAGUACACGAAGCUAUGACCGAUCUAAUAUACCUCAUGAAUCAACUCGUAGAUAGAGACGGAAGAAUUUUGGUCCCAGGUAUAUAUGAUGAAGUAGCUCCUGUAACGGAAUCAGAAAGUAAUAUGUACAAAAAUAUAGAUUUCGACGUGAAUGAAUAUCUUAAUGAAAUAGGUACAGAAAAGUUGAUACAUAACGAUGACAAAGAAAAAAUAUUGAUGCACCGUUGGAGAUAUCCUUGUUUGUCACUUCAUGGAAUAGAAGGAGCUUUCAGUGAGGCUGGCUCAAAAACUGUUAUCCCACAGAAAGUAAUAGGAAAAUUCUCCCUUAGGAUUGUACCUAACCAAACACCUUUGCAGACAAACAAAUAUGUUGUGGAUUAUAUAAAUAAACUGUGGAGCACUAGAGGAAGUCCUAAUAAAAUGAAGGUGUACAUGGCACGUGGUGGUGAACCGUGGACUGAAAAUCCAACUCAUCCCCAUUACACUGCAGCUUGUAAAGCAACUAAACAUGUGUAUGAAGUUUUCCCAGAUCUCACUCGCGAGGGUGGUUCAAUUCCAAUAACAUUGACAUUCCAAAAACUUACGGGUAAAAAUGUUCUAUUACUACCAGUAGGUGCAAGUGACGAUGGAGCCCAUUCACAAAAUGAAAAAAUUAAUAUAAAAAAUUAUAUUAAUGGGUCUAAGCUUCUUGGCGCUUACCUGUAUGAAGUGGCUCAAAUUUGAUGAUUCAUGAAUACUUUGUUAAUACUGAGUUGUAAUAAAUCAUAUUUUUAAUCAAAGUUUUUUCAACAUUCUUCUAAGAAACUUUCUUAAAAGUUAAAUCAUUCAUUU